AUGAUCGAGUCAAGAGACGAGAAAGAGGAACUUACCGAUCCUGCAGUACUGCUGGGGCUGGCGGACUCGGACCCGGACCCGGAGUCCAUGAAUAACGGGGACAUCUUGACCCACGCUCCUGCAGCAGACUGGCUCACCUGCGGCAGCACGAGGCUUUCACCUGUCUUGGACCAUGAGUGCAGCACGGGAAGCCGUAUCCAUUCAUACGCGAUUAUCGGGAUAUCAGGACAGAGCAGGAGUGCAGGUUACAGAGCAGAACCUGGCGCGUGCAGAGGUCUGGACAACGCGGGGAAGACGACCAUCUUGAAAAAAUUCAACGGGGAGGACGUCAGCACCAUCUCUCCCACACUGGGCUUCAACAUCAAAACGCUGGAGCACAAAGGGUUUAAACUGAAUAUUUGGGACGUAGGCGGUCAGAAGUCACUGCGCUCCUACUGGAGGAACUACUUUGAGAGCACAGAUGGGCUGGUGUGGGUGGUGGACAGCGCAGACAGACUCAGACUGGAAGACUGCAGACAGGAGCUCAGCGCACUCCUCCUGGAGGAGAGGUUAGCUGGUGCAACGCUGCUGGUUUUUGCCAACAAACAGGAUUUACCAGGAGCUCUGUCCAAAGAGGCAAUACGAGAGGCGCUGGCCCUGGAUAACAUCAAAAGCCAUCACUGGUGUAUCAUUGGUUGCAGUGCAGUAACAGGAGAGAACUUGUUAGCUGGUGUGGACUGGUUAUUAGAUGACAUCGCUGCGAGGAUCUUCACUGCUGACUGAAUGUUUAACUACAGACCAGCUGGUCUUUGUUCAUGACCUGGAGCCUUAAGUGACUGAAUGCUUUUAUACUUGUCCCAUCAACUGACUUACCCAGCCGUCCUGGGUUUGCACGGAUUUAAAGGAGACAGACCAUAGUUUACUUGUAUGAACCCAGUAAUAAAAGUUCAUCCAUUCUUGUGGCAAAACACUCCAGAUGCCUUCUUACAACAUCCACACUUGAUUCUU